UUGCCAACAUUUCCAUAAUUUAGAGGUUUUGAAGGAUAGUUUCCUGUAGGUUCAAACACAGUCUGGAUUUAUUCUCUAUACCUCACCUCCAACAUCUCAUUCUCACCUACCAACAAAAACUCCCCUCACAUCACCCCAACAUCACCAUCCCAAGUCAAAAGCAACCCCAACAAUGCCCCCUCCACCUCCCCCAACAUCCCCUCCCCAAGAAACAGCCCUUACCCACCACCCCUCCUGCCCGCCCAAACUCCACCCCACCCUCAGCAAAACCCUCACUCGCCUGGAGAAGAAAAUCUUCCCCCAAAGCGAAGCCUUCAACUACCCCACCGAGCUCUCCAAAAAGUCCAUCGGCGUGAUCCUCGCGCACCGUCCCAACGCCCCCGAAACCCCCAUCGGCUAUCUGGUAUACCAGCGGCAGAAGCGCGUCGUGUGGCUGCACAAGCUGGGCGUUGUGGAGGCGGAGCGGGGGCGGGGCGUGGGUGGGAGUCUUGUGCGGGAGCUGGUUGAGGGUAUGAGCAAGGGGGGUGCGGAGAGGAUUUUGUUGUGGGUGGAUGAGGGGAGGGGGGCGGCUAGGGCGUUGUAUGGGGCGUGUGGGUUUGAGGAGAUGGAGGUGUUGGAGGGGUAUUAUGGGGUGGGAAGGACGGCGGUGAAGAUGCAGGUUGUUGUUGGGGAGUGAGGGGGGAUUCUCACACUCGGUGUUUUGGAAAUACUCUGGGUUCGGGGUGUCAGGUGAGGGCACUCGGGGCUGGCGAUAAGAUGCUUUCAAAGUCGGGGACGAUAUGGAAGGCGUUGGUAUCGUCGCUGCGUACUAUUCCACGGCCUCUGGGCACAAAGUCAAGCUCGGUUUUGAGCAUCUCUAUCAGUAGAUCAGCCGUGUGCUGGGAAGAGCAGGAUGCCACGGUCGAAGAGCCAAACAAGGAGAAGACAAAUGCAUGAAUUGUUUUGGGGCAAGGGGUAAAGUAAGGAAUCGGGAGGAUCAGGGCAAGACAGAGAAGAUGAACGCCUGUAUGUGCUAAUGAUGAGUUGAGAUAUGAUUGGGCGCAGCGAUUGGUAGCAUCCACGUCUUGAUUGUUCCACCGAUCUCAAUCGGAGAAUGCAAAUAACAUGUUCCUUUAUCUUAUGUAUU